ACCCACCCCAACCUGAAAUUUUGGGAUUUUUGGGAGGAAGUACAUUUCUGUAUUCAAAAGCUAUCUAUACGAACUACUGAGCACGGAGUGGAUAGCUAGGGUUUCCUCACUCAUACAGUCAUCCGGAGUACCAUAAAGACGAACAACAUUUAGGCUUUACUCUUCUCCUAAAAUCCGAGAGGUGAAUCGGCGAAGCUAACCGGCAGAAUGGAUAAGAGCAUGCUUAGCGAUCUGGACAAUCUUCCCGAGGAAGAUAAGGCUCGUAUGUCUACCAUGAUGAAUGUACUCCAAAUCCGGGACAGCCUGCGGAUGUACAACAAUCUGGUGGAGAGAUGCUUUACUGAUUGUGUUGAUACGUUCCGUCGCAAAACUUUGGACAAACAGGAGGAGACAUGUGUGCGCCGAUGUGCGGAAAAGUUCAUGAAGCAUUCAAUGCGUGUUGGGCUGAGAUUUGCCGAGCUCAAUCAAGGUGCAGCUACACAAGAUUGAAUGAUUGCUUGUCCCUAGUUCUAUAUUCGGAUUUUCCUUUGUUUUGAAGAGACAUUUGUUCCUUACUAUGAUUUUGGAUUGUAGACGUCAUAUUUCAGUUGCUUUGAAAUCCGUAUGUGAUAUGCGCCAAAGAACGAAAGCUUGCUUUUGUGCCAGCUCCCGCCUCUGUAUUCUUUGAAGGAAGUUUAUGAUUUUGUUAUUUUUGGGGUGUUCAGUUAUAGGAAAAUUACUAAGAACAUAAAGAAUGUUAGCACUUGGGUUUAAAUCCUCACUAUUAAGGACUAAGUGUUUAGUAUUUUGGUGCACUUAAUAAUUACUCUCAGUUGUA